GUCCACGCCACCCGGCUCCUAUACGGGGAGUCGUCAGAUCCGCCCGUCCUGGCUAGCCGCCUAGAGAUCCGCCGGUCCUAUUUGGCCGGUUCGCACCCAAUCCUCAGUUUCGACGCAUCAGACAACGCAUCUCGAUACCGCGACACCAUCAUGGCUCAAAACGCCGCUUCACGCCCCAAGAGGGGCGUCUUUGACUUUCUCGAGUCUAGCUGGGCAAAGAUAUUUUUCGCCAUUGUCGCUUUACAGGCCAUCAUUGGUGUAACUUUCGAAGCAUACAUUUUCGGCAAAUUCCAGGGCAGUCUUGACAACUACAAGACUGGUCAAAACGAAGAGCGCGAUGCGCAGUACAUGACGAUACCGACGUUCUUGGCUCUGUUCAUCUUCGGUUUCCUCUAUGUCCUGUUUCUCACGUGGGAUGCCUUGCGCUGGAAGAACACCAUUCAGAUCAUCGGGCUAUGCAUCGCCAACCUAGCUCUCUUCGUCUAUACCAUUCUUCAGAUCGACCAGAUUAACAGGUCGAUUGAUAAGCUCCAAGCUGCCGGUAUUUUCCUGCCCAUGGAAACCCAUGCAGCGGUAUGGCACGCCUGUUCGCCCUUCCUCUUUACUAUUCCCCCUGUCAUCGGCGUCGCCACUAUUGCUAUGAGCGUGUGCGCCUGGAAACUUUAUCAGGAGUUUGCGUGGGAUAUCUUGAAGCAGAUCGGCGCCGAUUAUCGUAUGAAGAAGCGAUUUCUUCACUAUCAGAUUUUUAUCGCAUUGCUGAAGUUUGAUUUCUUCUUCUUUCUUGGCUUCACGAUUCAGUUCCUGGUUGUUGUAACCGGCAAGACAGACAUCGAACUCGGCCUUACCGCUGCCGCGAUUCCCGUCACCAUUGUCAUUCUGCUUUGCGCUGCCUUCUUCACGCAGCGCGAAAACCGCGUUGGCAUGUGCGCGGUGAUCGUCCUCUUCUUCGGUGGUCUUGCUUAUUUCUUAUUCAAGCUUGUCCGCAUCUACUCGAAAAGUCAUGGCUGGCAUUACACGCCCGUUAAGCGCUCCCUUACCGCGUUCGCCGUCAUGACCAUCCUCUUGAUUCUCAUCACCAUCGCCAAUUCGUUCAUUUGCAUGAGGAACUUCGGCAACGGACUUAAGAUGCACUUGAUCAAGCCCAAGGGCAGGGAUCCAGAGAAGGAUGAUAUGAACUCGUUCCAGAUGACGGAUCAGAAACCCCAGCUGCAGACCCGGAUGACGAUCGACUGAGCGGUUGACGUGGAAAUAAAAUUACAAAGAACGAGAGGAGCGAGACGCGACAAAGGAAGCAUAAAUGUUGGAUGUGGACUCUGAAAAGAUCUUCUAGAUGCGUUUCUCGCGCGGC